GGUGAUGAUGUUCAUUUUUGAUUAAAACGCAUGAUGAAAACAUGAAUUAAUGAAAUAAUUAAUAAUUCAACAUUUCUUACUAUCGAUUACACACACACAAACUGAUUGUGGAUAGUGGUGGUAAUCGAUCAAUGACUACUAGCGAGGAAUAUCUAUUUCCCAAAUUGUUUUCACGCUAAACAUUGUGUACAAUGUGUGUACAGUGAUCUAUGUCUAUUGUCAGACAGUUAGUUUCAAAAAAGUAAUCAAUACUUGUUUGGUUUUGCAUUUUGAUUGAGGAACAAUGAUAACUGCUGAAAAUGAUCAACAUUCAAUGCGAAAUUUAAAACGAAAAAAGACCGCCGCCAAUUCAAAUGAACUGAACACGAAGGAUCAUUGCAAUGAAUGCAUGAAUAUUGAUGUAGUAAAAUCAACAUUGAAUUUGUUAGAUAAUGCUGGUCCUGAUCAAUUAAUUUGUCUAUUGACUGAAGUCAUACAUCAACUAUUCGAUAAAAGUUAUUUUAUAUCAAUUCAAAGAUUGGAUUCAUCAAAGUUAGAACUAAUAGUCAAUACUCUUAUCACUUGUCCAAUGAAUCAUUCAAUCAACAAUCAAAAGUAUCAAAAUGAACAACAACAUACAUGUGAAUCGAAAAAAUCCAAUAACAAGAUGUCUAAUUGUGUGAUUGUCAAUUUAGACGGUGAAUCAGAGUCAACUGAAAAUAAUGUGAAAAGUUACGUAAUCAAAGUGAAUCAUAUCAAUAAUGCAGAAUUACGGAAUUUAUUAUUUCUUGAAAAAGGUACAAUUAAAAAAUUAAAUUAUGAUUUAAACGAUUCGAAUUUACUGACAAUUUCAAAGGAUCUAUUUAAAAAGAUAAUUAAAGAUACAGAUUAUACAAAUGGCGUAUUAAUGUUUACUACAAAUGAAUCCAAUCAACUGUUAUGUAUGGCUUCAUCAGAUGAACUAUUUACUGGUCAAAUGAAAAUAGACAUUGAAAAAUCCGUCCUUGAAACUAAUUUACAUUCAUUAAAAGAUUUAACUAUUCAAGAAAUUGAAAAGCCAGUUCUACUGAAUGUCCUUCAAAAAUUGUUGAAUAGUGAACAAUUGGAACCAUUGAAAUCCAGUCAAAUGAAAUCUUUUUUCAUGAAUCUUGGAUCUUUCACAAAAGAAAACGCUACUACAACUAGAGAUAAUCAUCAUCAUCAUAAUGAUUCCACUGUUCAUGUUUACAUUGUCCUUGUUUUAUGGUCAAUGCGUGCAACACAGUCUUCAAACAGUGAAAAUAUUGUUUGCAUUGAUUUACAACAAACGAAACAUAAUAAAAUAAUUGACCUAUUAUUAUUCAAUGUGUACAAGGAGAAAUUAUUGAAUAGUUAUAAAUUACAAUAUUUCAAUGAUUUGAAAUUGUUUAACAAUAUUCUACAUCAAGAAAUGAUACGUUUUAAUUGUACAAUCAAUGAGAAAAAUUUGUAUGAAAAGGUUGCUGACAUAUUGAAGCAAUUAGUUAAAUGUGAUUGGUGA